UAAGACCUAUCUAUUUCAUUUUCAAUUAAAACGUUUAUCUUAUUUUUUUUAAAGAUAAAAUGCGACGAUGUCAGGCUCCAUCACAGGUUGCAAAACGAAUAUCUGGAGGAGAAGACGAUUUGUCAGCGGAGAAGACGAGAGUUCGUCCGAAAAAGAAACUGAAACCGAACCCGGACAGUGAUGACGAGAGCCCGGAGAGGAAACCCUUGGGACUUCUCUCCAACUUGACACGAGCCCCUAUCAUAGGUUUAUGUUCUCCGGGUUCUACUGUAUCUAUGUCUCCUCAUGAGGCCUUGAUCAGGAGGUUGCUCAACAAACCCUUCAAGAUUCCAAUUAAAGGUUAUGUUGGCGGUAGCUAUGGACGAAGCCUGGGUGUGCGACGAACUGGAGGCCGGCAACCUCUUCAUGAUCCAGACGCUGAGGGAGCUCUUGUUCUCCAUGAACCUGUCCUACUCUCAGAACACGAGAAAUUAAAGGUGGAUGUAAACAGUCUCGAGGUUGCUGUGGUUGUUGACCCAAUCCUCUGUAACGUCCUCCGGCCUCAUCAGAGGGAGGGUGUCAAGUUUAUGUAUGACUGUGUCGUGGGUUCUAGGAUUUCAGAGUACCACGGCUGUAUCAUGGCUGAUGAGAUGGGUCUGGGGAAAACACUUCAGUGCAUCACUCUUCUAUGGACUCUGCUUAAACAAUCUCCACAGUGUAAACCUCUCAUUGACAAGGUUAUAGUUGUUUGCCCGAGUAGUUUGGUGAAGAACUGGUUUAACGAGAUACAAAAAUGGUUACCAAACAGAAUAUCCCCCCUAGCGAUAGACAGUGGAACUAAGGCUGAGAUAGAUAAAAAUCUAACUGGAUUCAUGAACACCUACGGAAGACGACCAGCCAACCCUGUUCUAAUUAUCUCAUACGAAACCUUUCGUCUUCACGCACACGUCCUCCACACUAGCGAGGUCGGUCUCGUCCUUUGCGACGAGGGACACAGGUUGAAGAACCAUGAGAACCAGACGUACAGUGCUCUGAUGGGAUUGAAAUGUAAGCGUCGAGUUCUCCUCUCCGGAACCCCGAUACAGAACGAUCUGCUCGAGUACUUCUCUCUCAUACACUUCGUCAACGAGGGGAUCCUCGGCUCCUCCCAGGAGUUCAGGAAAAGGUUUGAGAACCCGAUCCUUCGAGGGAGGGAUGCCGACGCGACGGAUGAGGAUCAUAAGAAGGGUGUGGAGAAGCUCCAAGAAAUGGCUGAAAUAGUGAACAGAUGCAUCAUUCGGCGAACCCAGGCUUUACUUUCCAAAUACCUGCCUGUCAAGAUAGAACAAAUUCUUGUGUGUAAACUAACCCAGCUUCAAAUGGACAUCUACCAAGCUUUCUGCAACUCCGACACCAUCAGGAGAUCCUUAAAGUCAGAGGACGGAGCCAAGAUGACCUCCAGCAGUCUGGCCGCAAUUACGUCGCUGAAGAAACUUGUAAAUCAUCCCGACCUUGUGUUUCCGGCCUGCAGGGAGAGAAAGGAAGGAUUUGAAACAGCGGCGGAAUUUUUCCCUCCGGGACAUGAUCCGGACCGGGGACGGUUGCGACCGGAACUCUCCGGUAAGCUGUCGAUCCUCGACUGUCUCCUGGCAGUUGUCAAGACGACGACGACAGACAAGGUGGUUUUAGUCUCCAACUACACCCAGACACUGGACAUGUUUGAGAGAUUGUGCGCCUUACGGAACUAUGGUUUUGUCCGCCUGGACGGAUCAAUGUCUAUCAAAAAGCGCGCGAAAAUUGUAGAUCAGUUCAAUGACCCCAGCAGUAGCUAUUUUAUUUUUAUGCUCUCAAGUAAGGCGGGAGGAUGUGGUCUUAAUCUCAUCGGAGCAAACAGAUUGGUUAUGUUUGAUCCUGACUGGAACCCUGCUAAUGAUGAGCAGGCUAUGGCCCGGGUCUGGAGAGAUGGACAGAGGAAAAAGUGCUAUAUUUACAGGAUGCUUGCUUUAGGUAAAAUUAAAUAUUUACUAGAUGAAAACAUUAUUAUCUUAUAA